GUGCUUUAGAAGGAUCACCUUGAGGUCAGGAAAAUACACGCCGCCGGUUUUCAAACCGCCUCCUCAUCACGGACAUUCACAGCUAUUUAAUCGCAGAAACCAGCCUGUGAAACUUUCCAUGCCACGGAGAUAAAGAGGAUCAGCUGACCCUGCGUUAGAAACGCGGUGAAGUCAGAGAUCGGGCAGAUUUUCCCGGCCGGUGGGCAACCGCGCUAUGGGGGAGCUGCAGGUCAUAGCAACUACGGUGUAUGGAAAACUUGACACGUUGUUCAGAGACAACACGUACAAGCCUGGUGUUCUUCCAGAAAUCCUGAACUCUAUUUUUGAAGAACAAGUCAAAAUGCUACGGAACACCAUAAUUGAAAACAGAGUGAAGUGUGAACGCCACUGUGGCAUAAACCAGUACGAAGCCAUCUCCUGUGAGACAUGCAAUGUAACCAAACCAACUUGCUUUGGCUAUAAUUGCGAGUCCUCAGAAGAAUGGAAAGAUGCCUUGAAGGGUCUCUAUGAGUACAUGAAGAAUUUGAGCACGGAGCCAGGCGAGUGGGCAAUGGCUCUAAAACAAGUCCCUGCGUUUAGUCAUUGUACCUCCACAAGCCCGGAGACACUGAAUUUUACAAGUAUAGGGGACACUCUAUCAAAAAACUGGCUCAAUUUGAUGGCCUUGAAGGACCUGGAAGAUGACACACCUGUCUUGCAACUACUUGCGCCUAGUUGUUGAGUUGCUGUUUCUUUUGUGUAACACAAAUUUAACACACAAAAUAAAGUGAAGAGAUUCGUCUAACUGCUAUCCCACUGAUUAACCCCCCUAUAUUCAUAUGCACAUUGAAGAAGAGCAUUUUCUCAAUGUCCCUGUUCCCCA